UAUAACGACGCCAGUUUUAGAUAUACUUCCUGCUUUAUCACCGAAUGAGUUUUCUAUGAUGAAACCAAGGGUAAAGUAAAUGUGUUCAUGUCAUAACACUGCAGGUCUUUCCAAGGAUGCUGCUGAUUGUAGUCAAGAACCACCCCUCCUACACAGUGACCUCUCUUCCUUUCCUCAGCCCUGACCUACAGUAGAAAAAUGAAGCAGGAAUACCAGGAUCUGAUCCUGCAGGCCUGUGGUGCGUCAUCUCUGCAGGUCGGUGCAAAGAUCCAGACCCUUUGGAGUGGCUACGGGGAGAUAGUGAGGUUACAUCUGAAGGGCUGUGACCGACCUUCUGUGGUAGUGAAACAUGUCAAGUUUCCUAAAGAGACCAAACACCCAUGUGACUGGAACUCAGAUCGCUCCCACAUGCGUAAAGUGAGGUCCUAUCAGGUGGAGACGUACUGGUACCAGAACUAUCACACCAAUCCAAAAUGUCGAACCCCAGCCUGCUUGGCUGCCUUGUCCCAGGGAGAUGAGAUGCUGAUUGUGCUGGAGGAUCUGGAUGUUGUCGGCUACGAUAAGAGGAGAACCAGUCUGAAAGACAAAGAGAUCAGGGCCUGCCUAGGCUGGCUUGCCCACUUCCAUGGUCUCUUCUUGGGUGUUGCUCCAGAGGGACUAUGGCCUGUUGGCACUUACUGGCACCUUGAAACCCGACCAGAUGAGCUGGAGGCAAUGGAUGACCUGGAGCUCAAGGCGGCUGCUGGUGACAUUGACAGGGUGCUCAGUGGCUGUCGCUUUAAGACUAUCGUUCACGGAGAUGCCAAAUUGGCCAACUUCUGUUUCUCUCAGGAUGGACAGGGUGUGGCCGCUGUAGACUUUCAGUAUGUUGGUGGAGGCUGUGGCAUAAAAGAUGUGGUGUAUUUUUUAGAAAGCUGCAUGGACGGAAGGGAGUGUGAAAAGAAGGCGUACAGUUUCCUGGAUUACUAUUUUACAGAACUGAAAUCAGCAGUGAAAAAGGAGGUGGACUUUGGUGCCCUGGAGACCGAGUGGAGGGAAAUGUUUGCAUUUGCAUGGGCAGAUUUCCAACGUUUUCUUCUUGGAUGGGAUCCUGGACACUGGAAGAUCAACCGUUACAGUAAACAAUUGACCAGGGAAGUGCUAAACAAAUUAAAAGGUUGAGCUUAAACAAAACAACAUAUUUUAAAUUCCCAGAGAAUUGUGAGUCUGAAAA